AUGAAGAAACGAAGCAGGCCGCUGCAGACGGUCGACGAAGAUAAAGUUUGUGUUGCUGCAAAAGUAGAAAGGAAUGAAAUUCCAUACAAAAAGAAAGACUCCAGGAAACGAGGAGGGUUGUCGUCAAGAACAAGAACAACGAAACACGACAACGACAACGACAACGACAACGAUAAAACAAAGAACAAGAAGAAAGUCAACAAGUUUAAAGACGAAGAGCUGAACCAGAAAUAUGAACUCCUUCCCAAAAAGGCAAGAAAGGCACCAUUUGGUCGAUGCUACUUUGCUUUUCACCGCGAGUCAAAGAAUGUCGUCUUGAUUGCAAUGAUAUUCCAAAAGGUGUUUGACCAAUUUGCUCAAGGCGGUCGUGGAGAAGAUGAGCUGCACAAGUUGAUGAAAGUAGCUGACCCAAAUCUUCGUGGCUUACGAGAAAAGAUUCAAUGUUCUGGUGCAGUCGCUCUGAUUAUGGACAUUAGCUCGAACGAGACAACAACGACGACGAGCGAUGCUGCAAUCGAUCAGCAUGGUAGUGGCAGCACUUCGUCAGAUGUUGCCUCAAACGGUUCCAAACAACAUGCCAUAGCGAAGGAUCUCAAAGUAGAAUGCGCUUCAAGUCCAAGUUCAGAAUUAAAUGCAAAGACGACUGACCACCAUCACGAAAGUGUAAAGGAGGAGAAAGGCAAUACACCAUGUGAAACAGGAGCCGAAGAGACAACCACCCAACAAGAAGAAGCAGGACAACUCAAUACGAAGCCAUCAGAAUGCACGAGAAGUACUUCCAAAGAGGAAAAGGAGACUGGUCUACAGGAGACGGCAAAUGAGAGUCCACCGGAACCACAGGAAUCUUAUUGGGGAAGUUGGUUAAUGCCAUGGACAUGGAACAAACCUCCCUCCGCCAGUGCGAGCACCAAUGAAAACCUGUUGCAAAAAGCAAGCGACCGUGAAUUCUUUCAAGUAGAAACAUCUUCCACCGGCCCAUACGACAACAUGAAGCAACAAAAGAAGAAAACAAUCGAAUCGAAGUACUAUCAAGGUGAAGCUUGGUCCGUUGUAUCACAACAAGAGUAUUCGGAUUGCGAUGUCGCCUCCCGCGCCGCACUUUCUACGACCGACAAAACACUUGACAGCAUGGAGGCUAUCAAAGGUAUCAGGGUUUCACAAAUAAGUUCAUUGGACAAGGUGGAUCUAAGCAUUCUACAACAAAACAAAAACGAGAGUGAGGAGAGGGAUGAGAGCGAAGAAGAUGAACGACGAAGUACUAGGAGAAUUGACCCAGAGGGUAGCCACAAGAUUGAUCCCAGCUUUUCAGCGACACUAAAAAGUACUGAUGCAACAACUGAGCCUAGAGAGGCUAAAAGAACUUCGAUUGCCCAAGCUCUGGAUACUCGGAGAGCUAGACAGAAAGAUCCAAAUACAACAACCCAAGCAUCCAAACGAGCCUGGAUUGCCGAAAUUGCCGAGGUUGACGAAGUACCAGAGACUAGACAACUGUCCCAAGAAGAAACUGAAGAAACAAGGACUGCAGCUCAAGAUGAAACGAUAAAGACGCCCAUUCAAAAUGAAACAAAAGGAGUACUAGAGAGGGAUGCAAUGUCACGAGUUUCGACCGAGUAUACCAAAGAUACCAUAUACUCCGCCGACUAUUCCAGCGUACCUCCGUAUAGACUCAUGAGACCCAAGAAUUUGACGCUGUGGGGGUUACUAUGCUCGUUAGAGCUGGCAGAUUGCAUGCCAUUGGGUCCUUAUGAUUACAAUGUGGAAUAUGAUGAGAUAUUUUCUGUUGGAGAUGAGGAAAUCCCAAAUAAUAGGUGGUUUCGGCAGCGAGACACGUUUUAUUCUGCCAAUGAUUCGAGAUCAGCUGGUUAA